GUGUCAUCGCUCACACCUGCCAGCCAAUCAGAAGUCGGCUCCUGGUCUCCUUAUAGGCCUGUGGAGGCAGCAGGGGAGACGUUUGGAGCAAACAGUCAGGACAGGAUGACCAGGAAAUCACGGAACCAGGAUGACGGAAAGAGUAGGAAAAGGAUGUUGAAGCCAGUUGUGGAGAAGAAGAGAAGGGAUCGAAUAAAUCAUAGUCUGGCUGAGCUGAGACGUUUGCUGUUGUUUUCCACCUCUGAUCCCCGACUCCAGAACCCUAAAAUAGAGAAAGCUGAGAUUCUGGACUUGGCUGUGGAGUAUCUGAAGAAGUGGACCGAAAGGAGGGACGUGAGAAACGGUCAGUCAGAGUUUGUGACUUUUCAUGGGAUUUUCUGUUGCUGCUUCACCCCAUACUUUACCCCAGCUGUGUGUGUGUCUUUGCCCCACGCAGACCCUAACAGCCAGGCACCAUGGAGGACCCUCGGGCCCACCGAGCCCAGCGCUCCACCUCUCCUCAGCAUAGAGAGUGCAGGUUUCCAGCAGUGUGUGUCCCAGCUGUCCAGCUACAUGCAGAAGAUUACCCCGGCGCAGAGUGCCCACCUCAUGGAGGGGUUGAAGUGCCGCUCAGAGACCAGCCGUCAGCCCAAACCAGCCGAGGCCCCUGACCCGGCACCUGUGGAGACCAUCUGCCCGUCUGACAGCAGAGGAGACUCCCCCUGGUUUCUCUUCUCCUCCCACUCCCCCUUCCAGCCCCUCUCCUGCUCCACGCCGUGCCACGAGUACCUGUCACCCCCUCCCUCCCCCUGGUUCUCGCCGCCUUUCCCCACAUACGGUGCCUCGCCUCCAUUUCCGAGCUUGACCUGCCCCCUGGCCUUCCCCCCCAGCCUCUCACCUCCGUCCUCCUUCUUUAGUGUCUCGCCCAAACUUCCUCACACCGGCCCUGUUGGCCUCCACAUCCCCCUGCUAACAUCACUGAGCCAUCCCCUGAACCCCCCACAGAGGGAGGAGUCUGCAGCAGACUCUGUCUCGACCAUGUGGAGGCCCUGGAUGAGAUGAGAGAUUAAAGAAACGAGUGUGGAGAUGACUGCCCAGAGCGUACAGUGCAUUUAUACAUAUAUAUUUGUGAUUCAUACUGCCUUUUUUGUACCUUUUUAAUUAACACAAAUUAAAUCAUAUACCUGAAGCAAAUAAAGUCUCUUUUUAUUGUUA